CAGAACUCAACCUGAGUUCGGGAUUCUCGGAUCAAUUCAUGAGUUGGGAGGAAGCCAAGCAGGAAGACCCCGCGCCGGGAAUCGAACCCAGGAUCUUCUUGAUGCAAGGCAACGGUGACGCCAACUGAGCUACUGCACAGCUUGUAAAUGAGAUUCUACCUUACCGAGGUUCUAGACAUAGCUAUCACCGUGGCAACCAGAGGAGUUUAAUCAGUCUAGCUUUUAUUUAACUCAGAUAUUGAUCAAAGAUUUAUCGCUUUAUCGCUCUGCUGCAAUUCGAGGCUGUUUCGUCUCCAGGAAACAGAUCAGAGUGAGACCUCUGCCCCUCUCUGCAGCUUCAGAAGCGACGUUGCGCUCAUGUCUCCCCAGCUUCUGCAACCGGUUCUGUUCAAAAACUUUCCGGAUCCCUGAAAGCCCAACAGAGAUGUUCCGGUUGUGGCUCCAGGCGGCGGGGCUCCUGUGGCUGUGCGGCGGCCCUGCGGGCGGCUCUGGACGGCUCUACUCGGAGGAAGACCCGCUGGUGAUCCUGGGCAGCGGCAGCCUGAAGCCCACCGUCACCAACUCCUCCUCGGCCUGGCUGGUCCAGUUCUACUCCUCCUGGUGCGGACAUUGCAUCCAGUACUCCAGCACAUGGAAGGCUCUGGCUCAGGACGUGAAAGAUUGGCAUGAGGCCAUCGCUGUGGCUGUGUUGGACUGCGCUCAGGAGGAAAACUUUGAAGUCUGCAAAGAGUUCAGCAUCAAGUUCUACCCAACAUUCAAGUUUUUCGCAGCUCACAGUUCAGCGGCGGACAAAGGGACGAUCUACAGAGGAGCGGACCGGGAGGUCCGGUCCGUCCGGCAGCUGAUGGUCAACAUCCUGCAGAACCACAGCAGAACGGACCGGCCCCAGAGCUGCCCCCUGCUGGAGCCCUACAGCGCUGCUCAGCUGCUGCCCCUGCUGGGUCAAAGGUCGGAUCACUACACGGCCAUCGUCGUUGAGGAGGCGGGGUCGUUCGUUGGCCGGGAGGUGAUCCUGGACCUGCUACAGUUCUCAGGCAUUGAAGUGAGGAGAGCUCUGACCUCUGACCUCCCCCUGCUGGAAGUCCUGAACAUGGCUGCCUUCCCCUCUGUCUACCUGCUGCACCCCAACGGCUCGCACGCCCCUCUGCACAGCGAGAAGCCGCUCCGGUUCUUCUUCUCCUCCCUGCUGCGGAGCCUCCCAGGCGUGCAGCGCCGCAGCAGUUCCGAGGCGGCCCAGAUGGAGGCGCUGCAGGACGAACGGACAUCAGAACCGUGGCGGGACUUUGACAAGUCCCAGGUGUACACGGCCGACCUGGAGUCGGCGCUGCACUACCUGCUGCGGGUGGAGCUGGCUGCCCACGGUACGCUGGACGGGGCGGAGCUAAAGGUCUUCAAGGACUUUGUCACCCUGCUUGCCAAGCUCUAUCCAGUCGGAGGCUCCGUGGUGAAGCUUAUGGAGACGCUCUCUGAUUGGCUGCUCAGUCUGCCGCUGCAGCAGAUCCCCUACCAGGCCGUCCUGGACCUGGUGGACAACAAGAUGAAGAUCUCUGGCGUGUUCCUGGGGGCGGAGCUUCGCUGGGUUGGUUGCCAGGGCAGCAGGCCGGGGCUGCGGGGCUACCCAUGUUCUCUGUGGACGCUGUUCCACGUCCUAACAGUCCAGCACGAUGCCGCACCCGCCGCGCUGGACGGCUCAGGUCUGGAGGGCGAGGCGGCGCCGGUGCUGCAGGUGAUGCGCCGCUACAUCCGGACGUUCUUCGGCUGUAAGGAGUGCGGGCGUCACUUUGAGCAGGCGGCGGCCGCCAGCAUGGACCAGGUGACGAGCCGAGAGGACCAAGUACUGUGGCUGUGGAACCAGCACAACCGGGUCAACACCAGGCUGGCAGGGUCUCUAAGUGACGACCCGGUCUCCCCUAAAGUGCCGUGGCCAAGCCCCGCCCUCUGCCCCGCCUGCCACGAGGAGAGCAACGGCGUCCACGUCUGGAACCACGCCAACGUCCUCGCCUUCCUUCGCCGCCAUUACAGCGCCUCCAACCUGAACCCCAGGUACUCCCUGAUUCCCCCUCUCCUCUCUGCCGGGCCCGGUCCGGCUCAGACCAGCCGGCCUCAGGAGGAACGCCCGGCUGCUGGAGAGGAGAAGAAGGGCGAGGAUCAGGCGGAGCCCCAACCCGACCAGCCGGGUCCGAGGCAGGGGGAGCAGGCGGUUCUGAUCCGAGGAGAGGGCGGAUUCUGGAUUCUGGGACUGGGCUUCACCAGCGUGGACAUGAGCCUCUGCGUGGUUCUGUACGGCAGCUCCUGCCUUUUCCUCAUGCUGCUCUUCUUCUUCUUCAAAGUCCGGUCCAGGAGGUGGAAGCUGCGCCACGCCCGGCUCUAUGUCUGACCCACAGCUGGUCCGAACUAGAACUCUGACUGGGUCAGAACCGCUGCUUCCUGUCCCUUGUUGACUUUCCUCAGCAGUUCUGAAAGGAAGCGUCUCAGGCAGAACAGAUCUGUUGAACGGGUCAGCAUUUUGUACCAGAACCGGGUCAGCUGGACCUGGUCACAUCGGUGCUGGAAGAUGCUCAACCUGUUUCUGUUUUCAUUUAUUUUACACUAUGAAAAGUUUUGACCGUGAACCGGGUCGUGGACCAGACCAGACCUAGAACCGUGUUGUUGUUUUUUCCUGGACCAGCGACGUGAUGAGAAAACAGUUUCUGAAUCUGAACCGGACCAGAGUUUAAGUUGUCUUUGUGAUAAAUGUUAGGUCUGCUGAUGAACAGAACUAGCCGGGUUCCAAACAACCCAGCUGCUUGUGUGGACGGGUCCCAGCAGGACGGGUCCCAGCGGGACUGGUGAAGACUGAGGAGUUGGAAGAGGUCGGUUUGUAGAACCAGAACUGGAUUUAAGUGUGGUUUUGAUCUCGUCCAGUUAAGACUGGUUCUUUGUCAGGGUCUGAUCAGAGCAGGAAAAACAGAAUAAGUGUGUCAGGUGAGGACGUUGCUUCGAUCUGCUCUGUUCUGACGCCCUCUGGUGGUCAAACAUGAAGGUCUCACAAACUGUUUAUAUUAAUAGACUCCCGGUGAAUGUUCAGCUGAGGUUUAUUUCUGACCUGCUCUCCUCUAGGUGGCGUGUUUGAGUUGGGUCAGGUAUUUCUGCAGUGUUUUACUCAUUGAUAUUUCUCAGUGGCUCCCCCUGGUGUUUCCUGCUGUGAAUCUGUUUCAAUCAGAUUGUGUUUUUCUGAUUAUUUGUAAUCUUUGUUAAUGUGUGAAUAAAUCUUGUUGCUGCAGCUCUAAGUCAUGUUUAAAUCUCAGAACAGAGUCGAUGUAAAGUUGCCUCGGGUCAAAGUUCAACAUUUAUAUUUAUUUAUUGUACUGAACUGUUUAACUGACAGAGCUUGGAGAUAAAAUGAGAAAUGUGCAGUUUGACCAGACCUGAACCCCUUGUGGACCUUUACGUCGAUCCAUCAUGGCUGCUGUUGGACUGAAAUUCCUCUGGCUUCUUUUCCUUUUGCUGAUCAUCUGUCAUAGACUAAAUACUCCAUGAAACAUGCCUUAUUACUGCUUAAUAAUGCAUUCAGUUAAAAUAGUUAUUUUACAUCUAAAUACUAGAGGUUAGGGUUACUGAUACUCUAAUAAUGCCAUUGCCAUUAUUAGCGUGUACAAACUUUUGAACAAACUUUUAUUUUAAUGAGAUCCAGAAUUAAAAUUUUUGUUAGUUGCAUAUAUUUUCAUACAUUACAUUUUUAACAUAAGCACUCUUUUUUUCCACUCAGUUCCGAGCGGAACCUUUGUUCUCUUGUGUUUCUAGUAAGACCAUUAAUCUGACACAUUUGCUAACAGCAACAAUGAAGCAGCUUCUCCCAGUAAAUUUCUGCUUCUAAACGAUCCAAUUGGAAAACAUUAUUGUGUUCAAGUUCUGCUGAAAGCAAUUAUGCUAUCAGUGAAAUUUUGCCAACCUAAAAUAGCAUCGUAAUGUUAAACAUGUAGCAGCUAACCUCAACAUCCGCAAUCCACAUUUCUAAAGACGCUCGAUGAAUGAUCAGAGAACCUCUGGAAAGAUGAACGGAUAGAAAAACGCUUUCAUCUUUUCCUGAGGAACAGAUUAAAAACUAUGAACAUCUCUGGUUAUGGCUGUUUAUUCAGUGAUUUAGCAGCAAAGAGGGGCUUGGCAUUGAAAAUGUUGAUUUUGUUGAUAAAAUGUGAUAAAUAUUUUAAUCCAAUCCCACUUUGAUUAUAACAUAAUGAAGAUAUUUUUGCUUUUGGAUGGGUUUAUUUCUGAAUGAAAUACAUUAUUUCAUCAGUUUGUUAGAUAUUGAGUUGAUGAUGUGUUUUCGAGACAAUUUUUUUCU